AUGGCAAACCUCAACUUCCAAUACUCUAGUGCGCCGUUGCGCUCAAUCCAAGAGGUUCAAUUCGGUCUCUUGUCACCAGAAGAGAUCAAGAACAUGAGUGUAGCGCCGAUCGAGUACCCUGAAACUAUGGAUGAACAGAACCAGCGCCCACGACACAUGGGACUAGCAGAUCCACGCCUGGGAACUAUUGAUAGAUCUGUCAAAUGUGCAACGUGCGAUGAGAACAUGUCCGAGUGUCCUGGGCAUUUUGGGCAUAUCGAAUUGGCAGUCCCAGUUUUCCACGUUGGUUUCAUGACAAAGACGAAAAAGCUCCUCGAAACUAUCUGCCAUAAUUGCGGCAAGGUUCUAGUUGAUGAAACUCCGUUGCUGACGUUGUCCAAACUUAAGAGCAACCCUGGUUUCACGGACGCUUUACGUAUUAAAGACCCCAAACGCCGGUUCGAAGCAGUUUGGCGCCUUUGCAAACCGAAAAUGAUUUGUGAGUCUGCUGCUGUUGUUGAUGAGGAAGCAGGCGCAGAUGAUCCAAAGAAGCAAAAACUUGAUCAUGGAGGAUGUGGUAACUUACAACCAGAGAUUCGGCGAGAAGGCCUGCGGUUGACUGGUACUUGGAAGGCUCAAAAGGGCGACGAUGAAACCGAAGGCCAGCAGCCUGAGAAGAAGCCCAUAAGUCCGCAAAUGGUGCUGAACAUCUUUCGCCAUAUAUCCACAGACGACAUAAGAACGAUGGGCUUGAGUAACGACUACGCUCGUCCCGAAUGGAUGAUUAUUACAGUUCUUCCUGUACCGCCCCCGCCAGUACGACCUAGUAUCUCAGUCGAUGGCGGCAACGGCUUGCGCGGUGAGGACGAUCUGACUUACAAGCUUGGUGAUAUCAUUCGUGCGAACGGUAACGUUCGAAGGUGUGAGACUGAGGGUUCACCAGCCCAUGUAGUCAGUGAAUUUGAACAACUUCUGCAAUUUCACGUUGCUACAUAUAUGGAUAACGACAUUGCGGGUCAGCCUCAAGCGCUUCAAAAGUCAGGGCGCCCAGUCAAAUCAAUCCGCGCUCGUCUGAAGGGCAAGGAGGGUCGACUCCGUGGCAAUUUGAUGGGCAAACGCGUGGAUUUCUCAGCACGAACAGUCAUCACUGGCGAUCCCAACUUGUCGUUAGACGAAGUUGGUGUGCCGCGGAGCAUUGCGAGGACUCUCACAUAUCCCGAGACUGUGACGCCAUAUAACAUUCAUAAGCUCCACCAGCUGGUCAAGAAUGGGCCCAAUGAUCAUCCUGGUGCCAAAUAUGUUAUUCGUGAUACUGGUGAAAGAAUCGAUCUGAGACAUCAUAAGCGAGCAGGCGAAAUAUCUCUUCAAUAUGGCUGGAAAGUAGAGCGGCAUAUCGUGGAUGGUGACUACAUAAUAUUCAACCGCCAACCGUCACUGCACAAAGAAUCUAUGAUGGGACACCGAGUACGAGUAAUGCCUUACUCUACCUUCCGGCUGAACUUAUCUGUCACAUCGCCCUACAAUGCCGAUUUUGACGGAGACGAAAUGAAUCUGCACGUUCCACAAAGUGAAGAAACUCGGGCUGAAGUCAGCCAGCUAUGCAUGGUUCCUCUAAACAUUGUUUCACCGCAGCGUAACGGUCCUUUGAUGGGUAUUGUGCAAGAUACACUAUGUGGAAUCUACAAAAUCUGUAGACGUGAUGUCUUCCUGUCGAAAGAGCAAGUCAUGAAUAUCCUCCUCUGGGUUCCGGAUUGGGAUGGCGUUAUUCCUCAACCAGCGAUAAUCAAGCCGAAACCAAUGUGGACCGGCAAACAGCUCAUAAGCCUUGUCAUACCUAGUGGUCUGAACCUUGUGCGUCCUGCGGACGAGGGGUUUUGCCCUGCAAAGGAUGAUGGAUUGUUAGUUCUGGGAGGCGAAUUGGUGUUCGGUCUUCUCAAUAAGAAAUCCGUCGGUGCAAGUGGUGGCGGUAUCAUACACAUUAUCUACAAUGAGAAGGGCUCUGAUGCUGCGAUGAAUUUCUUCAAUGGAGCGCAGACUCUCGUCAAUUAUUGGCUACUCCACAAUGGCUUCAGCAUUGGAAUAGGCGACACGAUCCCUGAUCGAGGCACCAUUUUGAGAAUCCAGCAAGCUGUCAACAAGCAGAAAGAUGAAGUCACAAGCAUCACUGAUGAAGCAACACGCAAUCUACUCGAGUCGUUACCAGGCAUGAAUGUUCGGGAGACAUUCGAGAGCAAAGUCUCGAAGGCAUUGAAUAAGGCCCGCGAUGAUGCAGGGACGGUAACGGAGAAGAGCCUGAAAGAUCUCAACAAUGCUACCCAGAUGGCGCGGUCAGGGUCGAAGGGUUCUACAAUCAACAUAUCCCAAAUGACGGCUGUUGUAGGGCAGCAGUCUGUCGAAGGCAAACGUAUUCCAUUUGGAUUCAAGUACCGCACGUUGCCUCAUUUCACAAAAGAUGACUAUUCGCCAGAAUCUCGAGGCUUUGUUGAAAAUUCGUAUCUCCGGGGCUUGACUCCCACAGAAUUUUUCUUUCACGCUAUGGCUGGUCGUGAAGGUCUCAUCGACACUGCUGUUAAGACUGCUGAGACUGGGUACAUCCAGCGCCGUUUAGUCAAGGCCCUUGAAGACGUGAUGUGCAAGUACGACGGCACGGUGCGCAAUUCUCUUGGAGAUAUUGUUCAGUUUGUUUAUGGGGAGGACGGCUUAGACGGUGCUCACAUUGAGGCUCAGCGCGUAGACAUUAUCACAUGUUCUGGUGAACAAUUCGAGAAAAAGUUCCGCGUGGAUCUUAUGGAUCCACAACCCGAUACAAGCAUUUCCCCGGAGUUCCUUGAGCAAGCUAAUGAAAUGAUUGGAGACUUGGAAACUCAAGAGUACCUUGAGGAAGAGUACCAACAGCUCCUAGCCGCAAGGGAAUUCCUUCGCAAGAACAAGCAAGACGAUGUUGAUCAAUAUCAGCUGCCGAUAAAUAUCAUCCGCAUCCUCGACACAGCCAAGACGACUUUCAAGAUCAAGAAUGGUGCCCGAAGCAAUUUGAAUCCUACAGACGUCAUUCCGGCAGUGAAUGCUUUGCUCGAUCGUCUCGUCGUUAUUCGGGGGGAGGACGCACUUUCCAAAGAGGGUCAGCAUAAUGCUACCCUUCUCUUCAAAGCUCAAUUGCGGUCACGACUCGCAUUCAAGCGUCUUGUAGUGGAGAACUCUCUGAACAAGCUGGCCUUCCAACACGUGCUGGGUGAAAUCGAAAAUCGCUUCUGCCGCGCAAUUGCGAACCCUGGAGAGAUGGUCGGUGUGCUUGCAGCUCAAUCCAUUGGCGAACCUGCCACGCAGAUGACUUUGAACACUUUCCACUUUGCGGGUGUGUCUUCAAAGAACGUUACACUCGGUGUACCCCGCCUGAAAGAAAUCUUGAACCUUGCCAAAGUCAUUAAGACACCUUCCAUGACUGUUUAUCAAGAGGAGGGGAAUGUCGGAAAUCAAGACAGCGCCAAACUACUUCGGAGUGCCGUUGAGCACACGACUUUGCGAUCAGUGACCGAAUCCAGUGAGAUCUAUUACGAUCCAGAUAUUGAGUCAACCGUCAUUGAUGCAGAUAAAGACAUGGUCGAAUCUUAUUUCAUUUUGCCUGGCGGCGAUGUUGAAGAUCGCUUCCGACAAUCUAGGUGGCUGCUGCGCAUAAUUCUCGGCCGUCGCGCUUUGCUCGACAAAGGUCUCACGGUUCAAGAUGUCGCAGCCAAGAUCAAGGAGAAUUAUACAAAGGAUUUAGCCGUCAUCUUCAGCGAUGAUAACGCUGAUGAGCAAGUCGUUCGCAUACGUAUGAUUCAGGAUUAUGGUAAAGGCGAUGAAGAUGAUGAUUUGGAGGAGGAUGUAUUGCUCAAGCGCCUCGAGAGUCAUAUGCUUGAUACUCUUACACUUCGAGGCGUACCUGGGAUCGAGCGGGCGUUCCUGAAUACUCGUACGCGACUUCGUCAAGCGACUGAUGGCUCCCUCGUGAUGGACAAGAAUGACCCACUGUGCAAAGAAUGGUUUCUUGAUACCAGUGGUUCGGCACUCGGGAACGUUCUUGCGAUUCCGGGCGUGGAUACGACACGCACUUAUUCGAAUUCCUUCAUCGAAGUCUUCGAAGUCUUCGGUAUAGAAGCAACUCGAUCUGCUCUCAUGCGAGAAUUGACUCAGGUCCUGGCGUUCGACGGCUCUUAUGUGAAUCAUCGUCACUUGGCGUUGCUGGUUGAUGUUAUGACCUCCCGGGGACAUCUCAUGGCUAUCACUCGACACGGAAUUAACCGAGCAGAUACUGGUGCCUUAAUGAGAUGUUCUUUUGAAGAGACCGUGGAGAUCUUGCUCGAAGCUGCUGCUUGCGGAGAGCUUGAUGAUUGUAGGGGCGUGUCAGAAAAUGUCAUGCUUGGGCAACUGGCGCCUUUGGGUACGGGUGAGCUCGAGGUCUUUUUAGAUCAGAAGAUGCUUGAUACGGUUAUCUCUGAUAACGCAAGACUCGGCAUCAUUCCCGGGGUCAAAGGCGAUGUCCUCGCCGACGGUGCGGCAACGCCGUACGAUGGCAGCUCCCCAAUGCAAGAAAAUGGCUAUCUCGGUACGCCGGAUUAUGGGGCGGCUUUCUCGCCUAUUGUGCAAUCGGGGGUGCAACGCCGGGUGGUUUCACUGAAUAUUCUGGCCCGGGCUACGGGGGUGGCCUGUCCCCUUACAGUGGGAACCGAAGCCCUGCUGGCUGGUCUCCCAAUUCCCCAUUCGCAACCUCUCCCUUCAACACAUCUCCUACAAGUCCCGGAGCAGCUUCUCCUGGGUUACGCGAGCUCGCCAAAAUUCUCUCCAGCUAGCCCAGGCUAUGCGGCAAGCCCAGCUUUCACGCCUACCUCCCCGUCUUAUUCGCCGUCUUCGCCUCAGUACGGGUCUCCUACCUCGCCGUCUUACAGUCCCACGUCCCCAACUUACUCCCCCACAUCUCCUGCCUUUGGCGGUGGUUCUCCUACGUCACCAUCGUAUUCGCCAUCCUCUCCGGCUUACAGUCCAUCAUCCCCAGCAUUCCAGAAGGGCACUGGUAUUUCUCCCACGAGUCCGGUCUACAGUCCCACAUCUCCCAGCUGGUCACCAUCAUCACCAGCCUUCGCAUCUCAGUCAUCAAAACAAAACUCGAUUUCCCCUAGUUCACCUGUCUACUCACCGACGUCUCCUAAUGCCUAUUCACCGGGCUCUCCCCAAUUCACACCAGGAAGUGGUGGGCCGGGACCUUCUCCAGAGCAACACAAGUUCUCACCAGCUUCCCCGGCUUUCAGUCCUGAGGAUGAUUAG